UUAUUAAAGUAGUAAAUGCAUGUCUUCAUCCUCAUGAGCCACAACUGGAUACAAAGUGUGAUGCAUAUCUUCAGCAAGCUCAAGAGCUGGUUAUACUUGAAACAAUAAUGCUUCAAACUUUAGGUAUGUCUUCCUAAAUACCUUUUGUGCAGCCAGCUUCUCAUGAACCAGUAAUGGGACCCAGGUAGCAGAAUUUUUUUUGAUGCACUGCUAGUAUAUUAAAAUUUCACUAGUUUUUGCAUGUAACUUGUGAGUCUAGUUCCAUAUUGUGCUCAUUCUGGAGAGAAAUGUUAUACCAGUACUUCUCAAAUGUUUGGAUAGUUUUUUGAUAGAGUAAAGAAGUAUACCCGUCAAAAUAAUAGUAAUGGUGUUGAUGUUUCUUUAUGUGAGGUAGCAUGUACUAAGUUAGCUGUGUGUGUUCUGAAGCAAAUGGUAAAAGCUUCAUGCCAAAUGUUCUUCCCCAUUUUGUCUUUAAUAGAAAAAUGUGAUUGCGUAGGGUAACUGCCUCUGAACAUCAAAAUGUGCAUUGUUACUGUUUAAUGGAUUCAGGUAAUUCCAGAAUCUGAUAAGAAGUUGUUUUAGCUUUAAAGUGAUGUCAAUAAAGACAAAGCUGGCAGGCCUGAGAACACUGACUUAAAUACCACUGAGUGUGUGUGAUUAAAAAAAAAAUAAAAAAAGUUAAUAGUAGUGACCCAUUUUUUAAAAUAGCUCUAUAAACAAAGAUAGCUUUCUGGAGUGACUGGCCCGUAAAUUGUCUUAGUUGGUAAUCUCAUGGAUGCAACAUGUCUGUUAGUCCCAGAAAUGAUUGAAUAAAGUGCAUGCAUGUGCACACGUUUCAGUGUCCGUGAUACAGCUUGUGCUGACUUACAGAUGUACUGGAAACUGUUCUUAUGUCGUUCUUUAAAAAUGCAGUAGCUUCACAGAUACUAUACAGAACUUGAGAGUAAUGCAGGAAUAUUGAUCUUUGAAGGGCUCUACUGUUUACCAUCAACAAUAUGAAAGGAUGCAGAAUGGAAGGUACUUAGAGUGUUCCGUGAUCUGUGUUGGGAAGGUUUUGCAAGUAUUAGGUCUUAGGGAAAAGGAAGAGUUUUCUGUGUAUUUUACAGAUGAAAAUGUGUUGUUCUAAAAUAUGUUCUUAACUCUUAAGGUUUUGAGAUUACCAUUGAACAUCCGCACACAGAUGUUGUGAAAUGCACGCAAUUAGUGAGAGUGUCAAGAGACUGAGAAGAGGAGACAGGACCAUCAUUCCUUAGGAUCUCACAGGUCUUCUAAGGAAUCUGGGGCAGUGGAUCCAUAAAGGCAAGCUUCAGUGCCCACUCCAAGGAUGCUCCAAUGAUGAAGAGAAAAAGGGAAGAAGAAAAAUAAAAUCAAUCAUUUUGAUUUGUGCCGAACUACCUUCACUGGCUUGAAUUCUAGUUGAGCUGUGAAACUGCCCUAGAGCAAAGACCAUCACAGUGUCCUCUUAAGCUCUGGUGCACACUCAGUCUGUUCUUAGCUGCAUCUGGUGAAGGGAGAAAUCUGUCUCCUUAUCUUCAUCUUGGAAAGUCUUCCAUCAUUCCUUUUUUUGUGUUGGUACACAACCUUCUUUUGGAACUGAAGAUGGAAUCACAAGAAUUUCUAAGAUUGUUCUCACUACUCUGCAGGUUAUAAGGUAUCUUGAACUCCCAUGAUCCUUGCUAGUCAUCUGUGGAAAUUGCACUGUCAAGUUCUUCAAGCAAACCAUAGUGGGGUUAAAUCAGGCUUAUCAAGUCUGCAGAAGAGAUCAAUUUGAGGACAACUUAGAUCUCAGUACAGUGGUGUGGAAAAAAUCUUAGAUGUGAGCUGUACUCAAGCCAUGCUACAGGCAACUUUUGCAUUCUGAACUUUCACCUCAGUCUUUUACAGGCCUGUUCGCAAGGUUUAGCAGCUUCCAAAAAAUAAAGCUGCCAGGACUGAUCAGACCUGAAGACCUAUGCUAUGGCCUUCUCCAGUCCUUUUUAGGUGAAACAAGUGUCUGCCAACAGCUCCAUUCAGAGGCCUGUGGAUUUUUUUUUCCCCUCACAACUAUUUCAGCAGCCUUCUAGUCUUCUGAUAUUGAUUGGCUUAUCCCUGGUCUUUUUUUUUUUUCUGGGGAUGCUUGCACGUUUUCUCAGGGUCCCAGCCACUGUGCUCCCAAGGGUAACUUGGCAAUUGCAUUUUCAUGAUUAUGUCAAGAUCAAAGUUAAAUUUAGUGUUGAAGAAAAGAAUGAGAAUAUCUUGGAGUUGCAUCAGUUUAUCUGUGUGACCAUAUCCAAUAAAAAUCAUUUUUGCUUCACAUUGGGAAUUGCUUGGAGUCAGUAGGCUUCUGGGAGUUGUAUCAGACAGCCAGUCCUGUUUCAAAAUCUUGGUUAAGUAAUCCCCUGCCUUACAGCUGCUUCUGCAGCGGUGAGACAGGGUAAGUUUUUUAAAUCACUCCUGAAUGAAAAAAUAUGAAACUGAUUAUUAAUGUCCGAUAUCAGUCAUCUGCCCUACAUCUUACCAGUUGUAACAGGCAAGCUGUGCUGGCUUGUUUUAACCUCUGUACUUAAUAUGAUUUCGGGAAUGAACUUUCCUCUACUUUGCUAUAAAGGAAAUAUAGGAACCAGGAUUUAUUAGUUUUAAUUUUAGUGGGCAGACUGUACUGAAGAAGAACUGCUCUAAAUGUAAGAGAAGAGUUUGGGACAGUUGUUUUCAAUUGUGCCUUGUCUUUACAGAGACUUUUAAUUAUUGAGCUGAACUUCCUUCUGAUUUUGGCAGUGUUGGUUAUUUAGCUGUAAAUCCAUUCAAAUAAGUAUGAUACUGCUUGUAGUGUAGGUAAGGUAUUUAUCGCAUUAAUUUUUUUAUUGAGGCUAAAAAUGUUUGUUUCAAGAUGUGAUUCUUUUCUUCCAGGUAUGUGUUUUGAUUUACUCAACUUUCAAGCUGAUGUUAAAUAGAAGUUUUCUGGCAUCUGCUUUUCUUCCUUUUUUGAAAGUGCCAUUUCACUAAGAGUAGAGAUGCCCCUUGGUCCAGUCCCUUAAUUACAACAUGCUGUAACUGUCCAGAACGUAGAAAUUAUUGGAGGUCCUUCAGACAUUACUUUGAAAAACAAAGAGCGAGACAUCAGUUUCAGUCUUGUUAAACCAUUCUGUGUUUUCAUUUGUUUUUAUGAUCUUAGUUUAGUUUUUCUUUUCGGUAAUAUUGCCUUGUACUUUUUUUUUUUUUUUUAAUGAAAGGGAGUGGAAAAGGUUGAACUCCAUGGUUAUCUGGCAUAAACUACCACUGUAGUUUGCAAACUAAUUAUAGUAUAACCCUGCCACGUAGCUCGCCUUUUGAUUAUCAUGGAUUAGCAGAAUUUGUGUGCAGGAACGGAUCCUGUUACCCCGUUCCUUCCAUGUUAUUUUCAGAUUAUGGCACUGUCUAUCUGCGUAGCGUGAAGAAAAACCUGAUUUAUACUCUUUGGCAAUCAUUAAAAAUAGCUAAAUCAUGAUUUUAAUACACUUCUUUUUUAUUAAAUGUUAAAGGCCACUGCAGUAUUUCUCAAAUUUAAUCGAAAGAUCAUUUAAAAUAAAGUUUUGUGACAGUAUACCCUUUGACAUAAAAUUCAACAAUACACUUUCUGCAGGUAGCACUGAUUUCAAGUGAUAGCGUCAAAGUAAGAAUUCAAUGAAGGCUGCAUUCAAUCUUCAGUUAAUACCAUUGUGCCCAGCUAUCCCAUUAUGUACAUGUUACACAAGCAAGGAUUUGGCACAGACAUCCUAUUUCAUGGCUACCAACAGUCUUCACCUUACUACGUUCUGUCUUCAAUACAAGCCUACAGUGAUAGCUUGUGUGUGCAUUCACUUGGCCUGCAAGUGGUCCAACUGGGAGAUUCCAGUAUCAACUGAUGGAAAACACUGGUGGGAAUAUGUAGAUCCUUCAGUUACUCUGGAAUUACUAGAUGAACUAACUCAUGAGUUUCUUCAAAUACUGGAGAAAACACCUAGCAGGCUGAAGAGAAUUAGAAAUUGGAGGGCUAAUCAAGCUGCUAGGAAACCUAAAGGUGAUGGACAGGUAUCUGAGAACUCGCUUCUUGGUCCAUCUUUGGUCCAGAAUUCCAUUUUGGUGGAUACAGUUACUGGUGUAGCUGCAAACACAAGUUUCCAAAAACCAUCAACAUCAUUUCCUGCACCAGUACCUCUGACCUCAGGAAGUAUUUCUGUUCCAGACGGUCAUGCACCUGAAAAUUUGGCAAUACUAGCAACGGGAAUGCCAAGUACCUCAUACAAUUUGGCAUCACACCAGGAAUGGCCUCAGCAUCAAGAACAAACAAGGACAGAACAAAUAUACUCUCAAAAACAGGAGGCUUUACCUCCUAGUCAGUAUAAUAUGAACUUCCAACAAGGAACAUCUGUGCAGUUGCACUCUGGAGUGCAUCACAGACCUGACAAACUUGCUGAACAUUCUACUGUCAAACAAGAAUAUUCUCAUAAGUCAGGAAACAAACACCACGGACAAGUUGCUGCUCCUAUAAUAAUUCCUCAAAAAAUGUCUUUGGAUAAAUAUAGAGAGAAACGUAAAUUAGAAACCCUUGAACUAGAUGUGAGAGAACACUAUGUAGCAACUCCAGGCGAACAGACACACAAAAAGCACGUGCAGGCACAGCCAGCCAGCAGUACUUCUGUUACGUCUCCUAUUAAAAUGAAAAUUCCUAUUGCAAAUGCAGAGAAGCCUGAAAAACACUUGACUGAUAAGAAAGAAAAGAGUGGCUCGCUCAAACUCCGUAUUCCAAUCCCACCCACAGAAAAGGGUGCCAGUAAGGAGGAACUGAAGAUGAAAAUUAAAGUUUCUUCUUCAGAAAGGCAUAGCUCAUCAGAUGAGGGUAGUGGAAAAAGUAAACAUUCAAGUCCUCACGUUAGCAAAGAGCAUAAGGAAAAGCACAAAGAACAUUCUUUAAAUCGCCACCACAGCAUGGGUCAUAAGCAUUCCCAUUCACAUAGUGGUGGCAGCAGUAGUGGAGGCAGUAAGCAUAGCACUGAUGGAUUGAC